AUGCCUAUCCGUCGCCCAGCACCCACGUUUAACAUUGUAAACCUAGCUGGUGGUACGGAGAUAGUGUCAGUGUCGUACCCCAUCUUCCAAGAAGCGAUCGGCACGCUUUACACUUUGGCGGAUGGCUUGGAAAUGCACAUCAGACGCGGAACGAGGAUUGUGAACGUCACUUCGACGGGUGAUACGACUGUGGUGUACCUUGAGGAAGCGAGUGAUGAUUGGAGGAGGGGGCCGUAUGUUCGGCCGAUGAGUGAAGAGGAGAAAGAAAGAGAGUGGGGGGCGUUGAGGGAACGGUGGGUCACGGAUGAUAUCCUUAUGCUCUUGAGGGAGGAUAGCCAGGACUCCGACCAACGCAGUUGCCAACACAGCCGAGUCUGCACUCCGGUUCUGACCGUAUUCGACUCCGAUAGGCCACCCGCAAGGGCGCGCAUUCCGGCAUCAAAUGGGAGGUCGUUACUAGAGACGUUCACUCGCGUCUUACAGCGAUUGCUGGGACACGAGAUUUUUGUUAUGAGCGUCGUGUACACGCCGGAGGCGGCCCAUAUCGGCAUAUGUUCUGGGGAGACGAGAGUUAGUGGUUGGAUGGAGGCUUUGGCACCUUUCAUUGACGUCGACGCGGCCCGCGUCACCUCCAGUGCUUAG